CGUCAAGCCGUUUUUCCGCCGAACUCUCUCUUUCAAAGUUAUUUAGUUUGUAUAUUAGAUUUACAUAUUGAAACCAUAGGAUGUUUCUUUCCAUUUUCGACGAUGCGCACUUUCCCUUUUAUUUUCCGCGGAAGUGAAAAUGGUCGGUUGUGAAAGACGUCGUUUAUUUACACGGCGUUUGAUCACGCACAAUUCUUCUUCCGAACUCUCUUAUUUUCAAAAUAGUUGUAAGCAAUUCUCUGAGAUUGGAGUAGUUUUAUUUAAAAAUGAUUAGGAGUAAUUGUAACAAAUAGCUUGUAUAAAUAAUAAGAAAAUUGAUAAGAACACGGGGUGUUAUUUGGUCUGACAGGAAAGGAAAGGAAAGGAAAGGAAAGGAAAUAAUAUACUGUAUAAGCAAAGGAAUGUGAAAUGUUCGUUUGCAAGCUGGUCACGAAUAAGAGCUAGAUCCAUAUCAUCAUGCACUUAGGUUCCUCCCGUUUUUCGCCAACGAAAGCUAUUCUUCUCUGUAAAAUUGAACGUCGUGGACGAGAAAGAGUAGAACCGUCGAUAGAAAUAAUUGAAAUAGAAAUAGUUGAAAUAGAAAUAGUUGGAACAGAUUCGAUUAGAUUGGCCGUAGUCCAUUUGUAUGAGAAAUAUUGAAUCGAUCGUUUGUCAUGGUUUAAAGCGCCAUGUUAGUGGGUCGCGUACGCGAAGGUAUUUUAGAUCUUAUGAACUUGACCGUUAAUUAAAUGAAUGGAUAUUAUUAUCGAAGCGAAGCACGACCACAGGAAGCGUGAAGAACGUCCGGUGGUGGUGGUGGUGUUCGUUUGAUCCUCGAACGAUCAUGGUGGCCGAACUCAUGGAUAUUUCUACGAGGAGUGUCGCCGAGUGGGCAGCAGUUGGAGAUACUCGCGAUAAACAUUGGAGAAGACCGAAAUGGAUCGAGACUGCGACUCGCGAACCGAUCUACAGCAUUCUCGACGUUAGAGUUGACUCGAAUCACCCUUAUUCCGAGAGGAAUUCCCUUGUUGUCGUGUUGGAACGCGUUGGAAAAACCUUACCAAAUCGUCCUACCCUACGACUAGAUUCAGAGGAGCACGCGUUUUAUAGCCUUGUUGAGAAGGUAAAAAAGGUGCGUAAGAAAGAAGGGAACAACGAAAUGAAGACUAACGUGAACGAUACCGAAGAUGGCAAGGACGACAGGAAUGAUCAAGGUUUUGGUCAAGGCUUUGGUCAAGCCGCAGUUGACCCUGAUUCCCGUUUAACCGCUGUAGUCGUUCCCAGAGGUAUCGUCGGUUUGGUCGGACCGUACAGAGUUUAUCAAAAUCCUAACGAGAGAAGAGAGUAUAUGCUGCGAGAGGAAGAACUCGUCGAGGAGAUCGUAGAUUCUGACAGCGUUUCUCGGGAAGCACCUAAUUGGAGAGCAAAAUGGAAGAUCAGAGAGGACGACGAGGAAACCUUGGUCCCUGAUAUUCCUCAUGUUCCCACUUUUCAAGAAUCCGGUCAAGAGUUGGAUAUAUCCGAGUUGGAUUCCGAAUGGAAGAUGAUCGAUGAGCGUUGUUGCAUCGAGGACGAGAUCGAAAAUUCCAACAAAGUCGAAGAAAUUCUUUCUGGUAACAAGUCCGAAAUUUCGUUUGAUGACAUUGCAUCGAAGAAAGAAAAGGCAAGCAACGAACAACAGGACAAGGACAGUUUGAACGAGACGGCGAGUACAGCGGGUGGCAACGUCGUCGAGGGUAUACCAAGCGGUACACCUGGGAGGGCUCAGAGGAAUAACGAUAACGACGAGUCCGCACCAGCGCAGUUAUCUUCCUCUUCGCCGCCAUCGAGAUCUUUAGUAUCCAGGAUUCUUGCGAGAGCACGAUCGCCAAACGAUUUGCUCGACCAUACCGAUCCAUUUUCUCAAUUAUGGAUCGUUCUUUCCAAUGUGUACGGAGAAUUGGUGAUAGUGGUAAUGAUGGCACUAUGUUUAGCCGAAGUCAUGGAUACGCCCGUUCCUCUUCUCAGCUUGCAGGGUAUUUUUUUGAUGUAUCUCUACGUCGGAAGUAUCGCUGUUAUCAUCGGUAUAUAUAUUUGGGUGUUGAUCGAUAGCUGUGCGAGUCUUAACGGUAUUAGAAGUGACGUGGAAAUCGGUGCUACCUCUAUUACGAGGUUCGGAUCAUUGAAACGUGCUCAUAUUUCUCGAGCUAGAACAGCACCCACGAGCUUUUACAUCCGCGUCGGUGCACUUCUAUUUGGAUUAGCUACUCUGGUCUUCAAUGGUUUAGAAAUGGCAAUGCACUCGAUGAUGCAAGGCGCUGAAUGCUUGACCGAUGUCAUUUUUGCGCACCCUGUAUUGCACGGAUUAUUUACCUUUUUACAAAUGCAUUUUUUAUUCGUUAAUUCUCAGGUGCUCGUCGAAAGAUUCGGUUUAGCUGCCAGAUUUGGUUUUACGCAUCUUGCAGCGACGAACAUAGCCGUCUGGGUGCGUCUUGUUAUUUGGGACUCUGCGCAAGAGUGGACUUAUUUCGUAUAUUUGGCUCAACGAGGACCUCAUACGUCUGCUGCAUCCACUUUGAACCUUCGCGGAUUUCCCGGUUCUUUAACGAGAAACUCUCGUGAUCUUUUAGUCGAUCCCUCGUCGGAAGAUAGGUCGAUGUUCAGGCCGUAUCGACCCAUUUCUAAUGAACAAAUUUCCCAAGUGAUCGCCUUGCAAGAGUGUUUAAACACGAAUACGCUUGGACAAUUGUGGACAUCGAGUUUACCAUUUCUUUAUCCUUUCAUCGUACAAUUUAGCUUAAUCGCAGCCGCCGUAACAUUUGUCAUGGGACAAAAUGUGGGUCGAAGUCGCAUAACGCAGAAACAAAAGUUCCACGCCGUUAGCAAGGAUUUAACGAGUCACUCGCGAGUAGGUUGCGAUGGAUCUAGCAAGGGUCUCUUCCUUGGAAUACUCUGCAUGGUAGCCGGUAUCGUAGUCAUCUUGAUCUUCCUAGUGGUUAGGGAGGACGAACAUUUCUCGAAUAUUACUUUGUCUUGGUUGACAUGCGGUACCUUAAUCGGGAUUCUGGCAUUAAGCGGUUUGAUGACAUCAACCGGCUUGAUACAAAUUCGUCAAAUGCCCGUAGUAACGAGCAAGGCACCUGCCGCUCUCGACAGCCUCCUCUCGAACGUUGCCAUUUUCGGAGUUCAACUGUAUUCUAUUUUCACGAUCGUGGUAUGCGCUUGUUCCUUGGCUUUAUUCGAAGAAGAAAACGAAGAAGAAAGAGAAGCCCAAUCAAAGGAUGGAAACGCGAGGCAGACGCGCGGUAGACAUAUCAUGUUACUGUCGGUUUCGAUCCUACAAUUGAUCCAAUGUUUCGCGCAAAGCACCUUGAUUGCCGAAACAUCAAGGAGAUCCUGCAUUACGCGAUUUCAAAUGUUAGCCAAACCAGGACGUCAGGUCAUCACUUUCCUUUUAUUCACUAAUGCCGUUUUAUGGGCUUUCGAUACUGUAAUCACGCAAAACUGGUUAUCCCAAGAGUUGCAAUUAAGAUUUUUCGGCGUUCUUGUUUGGGGCAUUUUAUCGAGAAUCGGAUUACCGUUAUUGAUAUUCUAUCGAUUCCACAGUUGCGUACUUUUAUUAGAAGCCUGGAACAAAUGCUAUAGAACGCCCAUAGGUGAACAUCCGCUCAACUGA